AAAUACAACCACAAAUAAUAAGUAUGACAAAUGGAACCUACACGUGUCUGGUGAAUGGAAAUAGCAGAGAAAUCAAUAAUUGGUAUAAUAAAGCAAUCAUCCUCACUGUAUUCUGAGGAUUCAGUUCAGUCUGAGUCAUGGCUAUGGAGGCAUGGUUCAUGGACGAAAGCAAUGAAGAACAGAGGCUCCCACAUCGCAGCAACCAAGAAGAUUUCGUUCCAUUGGAUCAUUUAGCCGAUUUGGGUGUGCUUUAUUGGCACUUGAACCCAGAGGAUUACGAGAAGGAUGAAGAGCUGAAGAAGAUUAGGGAAGCCAGGGGAUACAAUUACAUGGAUUUGCUCGAUUUAUGCCCUGAAAAGGUUGCUAAUUACGAGGAGAAGCUGAAGAACUUCUACACAGAGCACAUUCAUGCUGAUGAGGAGAUACGAUACUGCUUAGGAGGUAGCGGAUACUUUGAUGUUCGAGACAAGGAUGAUCGUUGGAUCCGAAUCUGGAUCAAGGCAGGUGAUCUUAUUGUUCUGCCAGCAGGAAUCUACCACCGAUUCACUCUUGACACCAAUAACUAUGUCAAGUUGAUGAGGUUGUUUGUCGGGGAGCCAGUUUGGACACCAUUUAACCGCCCACAAGAAGAUCAUCCUGCAAGGAAAGAAUACAUUAAGAGUUUGACUGAGAAGGUUGGAGUUGCACUUCAAGCUCAUUAAGAUUUCAAGUCUCUAAUAGCUUGUCCCUCCUGUGGAAGUAUUUAAGAUAUAUGUCGGCAUUUCACAAUAUGCUUCAGGUUACUAUCAAGCACCAAGGAUACUGCUUAUUUUAUGUGCACCAUUAAAACCAAAUAUGUAGUUACAUAUAUAGUUAUGUACUGUAUCAUUCUUAGCAUAUGAAUAGGACUACAGGUAUUGCCCUUAUUGCAA